AGGAUGUGUGUGGGGGCUCGGCGGCUGGGCCGGGGGCCGUGUGCGGCUCUGCUCCUCCUGGGCCUGGGGCUGAGCACCACGGCGAAGCUCCACUGUGUCGGGGACACCUACCCCAGCAACGACCGGUGCUGUCAGGAGUGCAGGCCAGGCAAUGGGAUGGUGAGCCGCUGCAACCGCUCCCAGAACACGGUGUGCCGUCCGUGCGGGCCCGGCUUCUACAACGACGUGGUCAGCGCCAAGCCCUGCAAGGCCUGCACAUGGUGCAACCUCAGAAGUGGGAGUGAGCGGAAACAGCCGUGCACGGCCACACAGGACACAGUCUGCCGCUGCCGGGCGGGCACCCAGCCCCUGGACAGCUACAAGCCUGGAGUUGACUGUGCCCCCUGCCCUCCAGGGCACUUCUCCCCAGGCGACAACCAGGCCUGCAAGCCCUGGACCAACUGCACCUUGGCCGGGAAGCACACCCUGCAGCCAGCCAGCAAUAGCUCGGACGCCAUCUGUGAGGACAGGGACCCCCCACCCACACAGCCCCAGGAGACCCAGGGCCCCCCGGCCAGGCCCACCACUGUCCAGCCCACUGAAGCCUGGCCCAGAACCUCACAGAGACCCUCCACCCGGCCCGUGGAGGUCCCCAGGGCCCCCACGGACAAGCUGCGGAACGCCGCCCCCCGCUCCCCGCACCGGGGCCCGCCGUGGCCGCAGACUUUGCACAGAAAACCAUUUUGA